GUUUUCCUCCCCUGUCCCUGCCUGCCUGCAGUAGAACUGUCUUCACCAUCAUCACGAACAACUCGAGUCCAGGCAGCCCUGGCAGAGCAGACGCCUGUCCGGAUGGAGGACGAGCCUCUCUGUUGACUUGUAUCAGUACUCGUGGCACACGGCAUGAUCUGCAUUUGGAAAUGUAGUUAUUUGCAAUUGUUUUGCGGAAAAGGAGUUCGCGCGGAGAGUGUUAUUCCAGGGAUGUGAUUAUGUUACCUGUUUGUUGCGUGCACAGUCAGCGUGAUUUGCUAUGGUGAUACUACAAGCUAACCCCAAGCUAGCAGAGGGAUUUGUUUGGGAGAUGUCUUUUUGAAAAAGAAGAAGGAAAAAAAACCUAGACGGUGACAAUUUUGUGAAUAUUCGUCAAGCUGGAACACGAAGGGGAAUGUCUAACCAAGGAGUUAGGAGAAAUGGCCCAGUAAAGCUGCGGUUGACUGUUCUGUGUGCAAAGAACCUGGCAAAGAAAGACUUCUUUCGGUUGCCAGAUCCCUUUGCCAAAGUGGUGGUGGAUGGUUCAGGACAAUGCCACUCUACAGAUACUGUGAGAAAUACGCUGGACCCAAAAUGGAAUCAACAUUAUGAUCUAUACAUUGGAAAGUCCGACUCCAUAACCAUCAGUGUAUGGAACCACAAGAAGAUCCACAAAAAGCAGGGCGCGGGUUUCCUGGGCUGUGUACGCCUCCUGUCCAAUGCCAUUAACAGACUCAAAGACACGGGCUAUCAGAGACUUGACCUGAAUAAACUGGGCCCAAAUGACAAUGAUACUGUGAGAGGACAGAUAGUAGUAAGUCUUCAGUCCAGAGAUCGCAUCGGUUCUGGAGGACCAGUGGUAGACUGCAGUCGUCUAUUUGACAAUGACUUACCUGACGGCUGGGAAGAGAGGAGGACGGCCUCUGGAAGGAUACAGUACCUGAACCACAUCACACGCACCACACAAUGGGAGAGGCCAACCAGACCAGCAUCAGAGUACUCCAGCCCAUCAGGGCGUCCAUUGAGCUGCGUGGUGGAUGAAAACACCCCAGUGAUGACGCCCGUUAAUGGGGCAGAGGCGAGUGGCCCUCCGGGCGAACAGCGAAUCCAGGAGCGAAGGGUUCGAUCGCAGCGGCAUCGUAACUACAUGAGUCGAACACACCUACAUACGCCGCCAGAUUUGCCUGAGGGUUAUGAACAAAGAACAACUCAGCAGGGCCAAGUUUACUUCCUCCAUACACAGGCUGGAGUCAGCACAUGGCAUGAUCCCCGGGUGCCCAGGGACUUAAGCAAUGUAAACUGUGAGGAGCUUGGCCCACUGCCACCCGGCUGGGAGAUCAGAAACACUGCCACCGGCCGUGUCUACUUUGUUGACCACAACAAUCGAACAACACAGUUCACAGACCCACGGCUGUCUGCUAACCUGCAUCUAGUGCUCAACAGCCCAAGUCCAAAUGGUUCCCGUGUGGCCAUGGACAGCCAAAACACUAACCUCAGCCAUCCGACUCAGUUAAAGGAACAGGUUGCUCCUGGUGGCCCUCAGCAAGCCCUGUCCCCAGCCCAGUUACCAGAAGAGGCAGAGUGCCUGACGGUUCCCAAGUACAAGAGAGACCUGGUGCAGAAGCUGAAGAUUCUGCGACAGGAGCUUUCUCAGCACCAACCCCAGGCCGGCCAUUGCCGCAUUGAGGUCAGCCGUGAGGAGAUCUUUGAGGAGUCGUACCGGCAGGUGAUGAAGAUGCGGCCGAAAGAUCUUUGGAAGAGACUCAUGAUCAAGUUUAGAGGAGAAGAGGGGCUGGAUUAUGGCGGGGUAGCAAGGGAGUGGUUGUACCUGCUGUCCCACGAGAUGCUGAACCCUUACUACGGCCUGUUCCAGUACUCUAGAGAUGAUAUCUACACUCUACAGAUUAACCCGGACUCUGCUGUCAACCCAGAGCACCUGUCAUACUUCCACUUUGUGGGUCGCAUCAUGGGCAUGGCAGUGUUUCACGGCCACUACAUUGACGGAGGCUUCACUCUGCCCUUCUACAAACAGCUGCUAGGAAAACCGAUCACGCUGGAUGAUAUGGAAUCCGUCGAUCCAGACCUACACAACAGCCUCGUCUGGAUUUUGGACAAUGACAUCACUGGUGUCCUGGACCACACUUUCUGUGUGGAGCACAAUGCUUAUGGAGAAAUCAUCCCACAUGAACUCAAACCCAACGGGAAGAGUAUCUCUGUGACAGAAGACACCAAGAAAGAAUAUGUGAGGUUGUAUGUGAACUGGCGUUUCCUUCAUGGCAUUGAGGCUCAGUUUCUGGCCCUGCAGAAAGGCUUCAAUGAGGUUAUCCCACAACAUCUGCUCAAAUCCUUUGACGAGAAGGAACUAGAGCUGAUUGUGUGCGGCCUGGGAAAGAUAGACAUCGCCGACUGGAAGUCAAACACCCGCCUGAAGCAUUGCACCCCUGACACCAACAUUGUCAAGUGGUUUUGGAAAGCCGUGGAGUCGUUUGACGAGGAGAGGAGGGCCCGAUUACUGCAGUUUGUUACUGGCUCAUCUAGAGUCCCGCUGCAAGGCUUCAAGGCUUUACAGGGCGCUGCAGGGCCCAGACUCUUCACCAUUCAUCAGAUUGAUGCCAACACCAAUAACUUGCCCAAAGCCCAUACCUGCUUUAACCGGAUCGACAUUCCGCCCUACGAGAGCUAUGAUAAACUGUACGACAAGCUACUGACGGCAAUCGAGGAGACGUGUGGCUUCGCAGUGGAAUGAGAGCCAUCUUGUAGAGUGUUUUUGUGUAUGAACGAGUGUAACUGUGCAGGACUAUAGUGACUAUUUCUGACACUGUGACGCGCCAACAGGUUCGCUCGGAGCCUGAUGCGCGUGUCCAGCCUACAGUCUUCCUCUUCUCUCACCACCACGGUCCACACUCUUCCCUUAUCGAUGCGUUUGAACAGCUGCUAUAGAGUCCUCCCUCUGUCAUCGUCAGCAUCUUAGAAAAUUCCCCCCAGACAUUUAGCAACCAUUAGUCUUUGUUUCUUUAUUUUGCUGUUUUUACUGACUGAUGCAUGUCAUGCUACUGAAUCUUUAAUACUGCAGGUAGCCAUAUACAUUUUUUUUUUUUUUUUUAAACCAUAGUAGCCAUCUUAACCUCAGCAUAUAUAACACCUUCCGAUCCUCGUGGAGCUGUUGCUCCUGAUCUCGUAGGAGUGUCACGACUUCAUCCUACCUCGAUGUCCUGCUUCGAUAUCGAUAGGGUUUCAUUUCAAAAUGCUAAAGGUCAUAAUUUAGGCAGUUAAGAGUCAGAAAAGAUCAUCUGUGGGCCAUAAUUAGUUAGAUUUUUCGCACCAGCAGUAAUUUUGUACCUGUUAGGUCAUUUCGUGUCAUUUUGAAGUGGAACUUGUCACAGAUGAUUCGGGCGUAGGUCCUCGUGUUUCGUGGCGUUUUCGAGGGUCGAACUCUGGCGGUGAAGGAUUCUCAAUCAUGUUUUCUCCGUAAAUCGCUGCAGUCGUGUAAUGAUGCUUGUCUGUGUGUUUCUGCAUGUGUACAAGGAAAAGUAGCCAUGUCGCAGUCGCCCUUCAUCUCCGGUUCACCUUUCUUUUUCUCCCUGCUCUCGUUCACACGUUUGUCUCCAGCAGCAUGCCUAUUUCUUUCUUCUGUUUUUUUUCUGUCCGGACAAGCUUGCCUCAGCCCACUUAAUGUCAAAGCAUAUGUGAAAAGAGCACAUCUGUCCACGGGAUGAGGCUCGGCGAAAAGCUGUUGAGGGCAGUUGCUCGUUAACAGUCACAUCAUCAGUUUAAACAGGCAGAAGUAUUCCUCUCUCUCGUUCUCUCGUUCUCGCGUCACUUUAGAGCACUUUACAAACUGAGCGGUAAUGGCAGGAGUGCUUUCUUCACAUUAGAUUGAAAUAUAUCACGUUUCAUUUGCUAUACAACUACAUUUGAAAUAGAGUAAAAAGUAUCUUAUACACCUGUAAUUUUUAAGUAUAUAUGUACAAAUACAUAGCUAUUUUGUAUAUUGUUGCUUGUUCUUUCUGUUCAGUUUAAAUGCAAGCAUGUUGAUGUCUGUCACAGACCUCUUUGCAUUCUCAGGUGAAGUUGUCCUUUAUUUUUUAAUUAUUUUUUUUUAAAUUUUACAUUAGGCUAGUAUGUGAGGAGGGGAUACAACUGUAUAUGGGGGCCCUUUCUUUAAACCUUUAUUAGUGUAAACCUAGCAGUUUAAAGUGACGUUUUCUUGUGGUCUUUCACCGUCACUUCUUAACAAACAUACGUUGUCACAGGAGACCACAGUUGCUGCUCUGGAGGUCUGGUAGCACAGACAGCGGUGUGAUUUCACACGUUGCAGGAGCGAUCUGUUCGGCGACAUUCAUUGUUUUUCUGUUUUUUGUUUCUGUGAUCUUAAGAGCUGCAAAUGCUGGAGUUUCACUGCUGCUGAGCUCCUGGGUGCUACAUGGUGAAAAUGUUUAACCAAAAUGAAAAGUCACUGAAAUACUAGAGGCGACAGCGAGAAGCAUCUCCAUCAGCAAAGCCUCCAUCCAUCCAAAAAGAAAACAGGCAAACAAAAACCACACACUGCAUGAAUGGAUGCUUGAGAUUAAAGGAUAUUUAUUUGCAUAAAUUUUCCUAUUAGCAAACUUUUUGACUUGGAAAGAAUCUAAUAAAUGUUCUUUACUUUUUUUUCUUUUUCUUUUUUUAAAUUUUAUUGUUGUUGUUAUAUGUAAUCUGCAUUUACUUGCAGCCAUCGGUGGUUUAUUAGCAGACACCCCUCGCAUCGUAAACCUUCUUUUUUUCUUUUUUUUUAAAAUAAUUCUAUUUUUGUUCAUCACGAGACAAAACAAAUAAAAGUGAGUACAUUGAAAUUGUGGUCUUUGUCUAGUUACAGAUAUAUUCACUGAUUUUUAUCUUUGAUAAUUUUACUGGAAAAUGCAUUACAAGUUUAUGGGUUUUUUUGUUUUUUUGCACACAUUAUGCAUACUUGGACUCCAAGUUAUAAUCCAACACUUCCUUCUAUUUACCAAAUAGUUAUUGGACUAAAUAUUUUUCUUUAUGUAGAUGACAUAUAUAGACUCACAAGUAUGUUUGUUCAGUGCACAAAGUCCGCAUCUGGUCUUUGUUGCCGCCUUUGCUUUUUCCGGACGGUUUGGUCUUCCGUACAAAAGCUGUCGGGGCUGAGUGCUUCCAGACGAGGUGAAAAUGCUCUCUCCCUCCUGUUAAGCAGCCAAAUUAAUCAGACCGUCUGAACAGUUUUACAGAUGAUUGUUAACCUUCUGAAGCAACAUCUGCGAUUUAUAAAAGUGCAAACUUAAAUCUGAUUCUGGUUGAUAUUGUGCACUUAAAAAAAAUCAGCUGGUUUAAAAACCACAACAAGUUAGUGUUCGGCAGACUCCUCUCCCCUUUAAUUCCUGUGUGUGUGUGAGCGAGUUAAUGAUUUUUGGUGGAAUUCAGUACAAAAAAAGAACUUUUUUUUUUUUAAUGCACCAUGUUUCCUUUUGAAUCCUGUUUUUGUAUUUAUUAUUACAGUAUAUGUUUGCAUAGUUUUUAACAUCAGCUGCUCUGUGAGUUUGUAACUGACACCUGUACAUAAAGACAAUAAAGAAGCAAAGUUAUAAACUUCUUGUACCCUUGCAGAAAGCUGAGCAAUAAAACUGUGCUGUUUGGACCUAA